GCGGGUCUUCGCUCCCAGCCCCGAGCUGACGCCGAGCGCCGGGCACCAGACCCACAGAAGAGGCAGCGGCAGGAGUCACCUGGGCGCGCGCCUGGAGUCGCACCGCAGGACGCCGCCCCCAGAGGGUCCCCAGUUCGGCUGAGAAGCGACUGAAAAGCAAGCUCUGUCCCAGGUUUCCGCGAACCCGCUUCUCUCGGGAGGCCCCACCGAGACCCCGGCCGGCUCUAACGCGCCGGCAGCGCCCGCUCCGCACAGACACAGACGUGCGCGGACCUCAGCGCCUCGUGGGAGACCGCGUGUCUGGAAGGAAGGCGGAGAGGCCCACGUCCGGAAAUGAGUGCAGGCUCCACGCUGAAGCAUCCAGGACGGGUGGCCUGCGAUGCAGAAGGGCUGAAGGCCUUCUGGGAGAAAAAGGUCCGGCUGCACGCACAGCAGCUGCGGAGCGAGGACGAGCGUGUUCGCAGGAGCGCCCUGGACAGGCUCCGUGGAGAAUGGGCUCAGGAGCUGGAGCUGAGGCACAGGAUGCUGCAGGCGCACCAGAAGUCCGCCCCACGGUCGUCCCUUCUGGGCACUAAGUCCUUCUGCACUGGAGACAAGACUGCAGCCUGAGUCCUGCGUGGAGUGGGGACGCACCGUGCCUGGCUCCCCAAGAAGGAAUGGCCCAUGGGGGCUGCGCGUGGGGGCUGCCUGCAGAGCCACUGCACCCGUGGCAGGUCUCACGGGUGCGCUCACCCUACUUCGCCCUGGUUGCAUGGGGUGCCAUUGGGUUUGCUUUUCCAGCACAAAGUAGGUGCCCAAUAAAACCCAAGGUAAUUGGA